CCCUCACAGAUCACUCUCCCAUUUGCCCCCCAUUUCCCUCCCCUAGAACAACCUCCUCCUCUCCACUUCUUUCCAAUCUUCAUGUGACCUAAAGACCAUGUGACUUCUCGUUUAUGAGAUUCAGUCAGAUCAGCCCAUAUAUAGAGAAAAAAACAUCAUCAUCCCAAGCAGCGAACUUUACGAGGUUUAUUUCACAGCAGAGAAAAACACAUCAGCAUGCAGGACUGACCAGGAUACAGCCGUCUUGGGACACAACCUCACUGUAUACAGUCUCCUGUAUCCAACCGCUGAGUGGCAUCUAGAUAUUAAGACAACCAAAGAGCUCACGUCUCAUCCAACCCCACCUGAGAAAGCUUAAUCCACAAGAUGUUGCUGGAUUGUCACUGUGUGGAGGGCGCUGCUUAUCUCUGCAAUCAUUGCAUUGUCCACAGAGGACAACUAGUGAAGUCACUAGAAGAAGAUUCUGUGAAGAAGGAACUGCUGAGCAAUGUUCUGAAGGAACUAUCAACAUCCAAAGCAGAAACUGAAGACAAUAUCCAAAGCCUGAAUAAAGAAAGUCAGUAUUUUCAAUCUAAACAGGGUCUUUCAAGGAAGGUCAGUAUGGUGUUCGAGAUUCUGAAGAAACACAUGGACACUAUAGAAAAGAGAGUCCUGAGUGAGAUCUCCCGACAGGUGGAAGAAGCUUCAGGCUCAUAUCAAGCUGAGAUCCAAGAGAUGGAAGCCAAGAAGAAGGAAUUGUCCAGGAAGAUGGCGCCCAUUAUGGAGCUAUGUGCCAUGACCGAUCCAAUUACAGUCCUCGAGAGAAUGGAACCAGAAGUUGGUGGUGUUGAUGGCAACCCCCAAGAGACAACAGCGGACUGUCGUAAAGCUGCUCGCGAUAUGGAUGAAGGUUUGAUCUCCCAGAUUCUGCACACUGGUCUGGCUGAGCUGGUGGUCACUGCCCAUAGUACACUCUUCAUGGACGAAGAGUCCAACAUCUUAUUAGAUGAGAACACCAUGGGAAAUAACCUCCUGCUCCUACCCGAUAACAAGUCAUUUGUUUGGUCGAAGACCCAAAAGUCAAAGCCAAAGACCCCAGGAAGGUUCCGAGACCACCAGGUGUUAAGCAGCACCAGCUUCUCAACGGGAAGACAUUUCUGGACUGUUGAAACAAGUAAAAUUGGAAACUGGAGAUUUGGGGUGUCUUAUGGCAGUAUCGCCAGGAAAGGCUUCCGCUCCUACAUCGGCUGCAAUGACAAAUCCUGGGGCUUGUGCAAAUGGAACAACCAGUACUCUGCCAUGCAUGCCUGUAAGGUGACCAAGAUCCCUGACCGCUUCACCUGUCAGCGCUUCGGGGUGUAUCUGGACUAUGAGGCAGGUCACCUGUCCUUCUAUGAGCUGUGUAAUCCCAUCCGACACCUGUACACCUUCAACACCAUCUUCACCGAGCCCCUUUUUGGUGUCUUUAGACUCUGGUUGGACUCAAAUAGAGGGGAGACAUGGAUGUCGCUGAGAACCGACAGACUCUGCAUCUGUCAUGGAGGCGCUGAAUGGUUCUGAAUCCUUCCAUGUUGUGGACUGCUAUGAUGGUACCAGAUCAUAACUGCUAAAGAUGCAGCCCUUACAAUAUAUUUUUUGGCCUCCCCUUGUAGAGGCAUGUGUCAGACUCAUGGGGGAGGAUUUAUCAUUUGUUUUAUGCUGUUUUCUUUUAUUUUUUAUUUUUUUUUGCUUUAGAUCCUUUUUUUCUUAUACAAUGUUGCUCUGCAAUAGUCUUUUUGCAGCUUGGCUCCAUUAACUUCAAAGAACUGUCCUUCUAAUGCUGGGGUCUCUCCUUUAAAGGGGUAAUCCACUGCUUCAGCAUUCGGAACAUUUUGUUCCGAACGCUGGGUGCGAGCUGUGGGAGUCGUGUGCUGGGGCAGUGGAGUACUCCUUUAAGGGUCUCUUUACACCCUCAGGAUCCUGCACAUAUUUGAUGUGCAGGAUUUAAAGCUGCAGAUUUCACUGGAAACUAAAUGACUGAACACAGCAUCAAAUCUGCAGCAUCAAAUCCGGAAAUUAAAUAUGUGCAGGAUAUUGUCUGUGCGAAUACACCCCGCUGUCGGACCCCCUGUUAUUUGACACACUUAACCUCUAUCCAGAGGAUAGAGGUGAUCAGUCUAGACCAGUGUUUCCCGAUUAGGGUGCCUCCAGCUGUUGAAAAUCUAUAAUUACCAUCAUGCCCAGACAGGCAACUAAAGCAGGUUGGAAAGCACUGAUCUAGACUAUCUUCUGUGAGCUAAACACAUCAGCAGCACAGAUCUUUCUGUGUCCUUGUAGUUUGUUACAAUGUGUCAGUGCAGGUAAAUAUAUCUGUCUGGAAUCCAGGCUGUUUAGCUCACAGAGAAUUGUCUAGACUGGAAACAUUGUAACAAACCCUGAGACUCUGGAUGUAGACAGGGAAGUUUCUAUUCACAAAAAUGGUGAUGAAUUGUAACACAAAGUGUACUAGUAUCUUAAUGUACAUUUAUAUACAUUAAUAUACAUAUAUAGAUACAUUUAUAGUUAUAUAUAUAUAUAUAUAUAUAUAUA